AUGCAGCGUGCACUUGCCUCCCGGGCCAGAGCGUCCGUCGCCUCCUCUGCCGCUACCAAGUUCCGUCCCGGUGCCGGCCUGGGACAACAGCUUCGCUUCGCCCACAAGGAGCUGAAGUUCGGUGUUGAGGGUCGCGCGUCCCUGCUUGCUGGUGUUGAGACUCUGGCUAAGGCUGUCGCGACGACACUUGGCCCCAAGGGCCGCAACGUCCUCAUUGAGUCCAGCUAUGGCUCUCCUAAGAUCACCAAGGAUGGUGUAACUGUCGCCAAGGCAAUCACCCUUAAGGACAAGUUCGAGAACCUCGGUGCCAGACUCCUCCAGGAUGUCGCCUCCAAGACCAACGAGACUGCCGGUGACGGUACCACGACCGCCACCGUCCUUGCCCGUGCCAUCUUCUCCGAGACCGUCAAGAACGUUGCCGCCGGCUGCAACCCCAUGGACCUGCGCCGUGGUAUCCAGGCCGCCGUCGAUGCCGUCGUCGAGUACCUGAAGAAGAACAAGAGAGAUAUCACCACCAGCGAGGAGAUUGCUCAGGUCGCCACCAUCUCUGCCAACGGUGACCAGGCUCUCGGCCGCAUGAUUGCCAACGCUAUGGAGAAGGUUGGCAAGGAGGGUGUCAUCACCGUCAAGGAGGGUAAGACUCUUGUCGACGAGCUCGAGGUUACCGAGGGUAUGCGCUUCGACCGUGGCUUCGUCUCCCCCUACUUCAUCACCGAUGCCAAGUCUCAGAAGGUUGAGUUCGAGAAGCCCUUGAUCCUCCUCUCCGAGAAGAAGAUCUCUGCUGUCCAGGACAUCAUCCCUGCUCUUGAGGCCUCUACUCAGCUUCGCCGCCCUCUGGUUAUCAUCGCCGAGGACAUCGAGGGUGAGGCUCUCGCCGUCUGCAUUCUCAACAAGCUCCGUGGCCAGCUCCAGGUCGCCGCCGUCAAGGCUCCCGGCUUCGGUGACAACCGCAAGUCUAUCCUCGGUGACUUGGCUGUCCUCACCAACGGUACCGUCUUCACUGAUGAGCUUGACAUCAAGCUUGAGAAGGCUACCCCUGACAUGCUUGGUUCCACUGGCUCCAUCACCAUCACCAAGGAGGACACUAUCUUCCUGAACGGUGAGGGCUCCAAGGACUCCAUUGCUCAGCGCUGCGAGCAGAUCCGUGGUGUCAUGAACGACCCCACUACCUCCGAGUACGAGAAGGAGAAGCUCCAGGAGCGUCUUGCUAAGCUCUCUGGUGGUGUCGCCGUCAUCAAGGUCGGUGGCUCUUCCGAGGUUGAGGUUGGUGAGAAGAAGGACCGCUUCGUCGAUGCCUUGAACGCCACCCGCGCCGCCGUUGAGGAGGGUAUCCUGCCCGGUGGUGGUACCGCUCUCAUCAAGGCCUCUGCCCUGGCCCUGAAGGAUGUCAAGACCAGCAACUUCGACCAGCAGCUCGGUGUCAGCAUCGUUAAGAACGCCAUCACUCGUCCCGCUCGCAGCAUCGUCGAGAACGCUGGCCUUGAGGGCUCUGUCAUCGUUGGCAAGCUCACCGACGAGUACGCCAACGAGUUCAACAAGGGCUUCGACAGCGCAAAGGGCGAGUACGUUGACAUGAUCGCUGCUGGUAUCCUUGACCCUUUCAAGGUUGUCCGCACUGGUCUCGUUGACGCUAGCGGUGUUGCCUCCCUGCUCGGUACCACCGAGGUUGCCAUCGUUGAGGCUCCCGAGGAGAAGGGCCCUGCCAACCCUAUGGCUGGCAUGGGUGGCAUGGGCGGUAUGGGCGGCAUGGGUGAUUCCCCGAGGGGACUGAAGAGCUCUGUAUUGUACAAUAGCACUAGCAAGUUAUCCCACUUUCCCGCUCUCUCUCCUAGCCACACCCCCGCCAUAAACCAGCAUCAUGCGACCGUCGCACAGGAGUGCAUAACGGCCUACAACGACCUCAAGCUCUCCAAGAAGUACAAGUACAUCAUCUACAAGCUCUCGGAUGAUAACAAGCAGAUUGUUGUCGAGGAGGCUUCGGCCGAUAAGGACUGGGAGGCCUUCCGCGAGAAGCUGAUCAACGCCACCUCCAAGACCAAGAGCGGUGCUGUUGGCAAGGGCCCCCGUUACGCCGUCUACGACUUCGAGUACAGCCUUGCCUCUGGCGAGGGUGAGCGCAACAAGAUUACCUUCCUUGCCUGGUCCCCCGAUGAUGCUGGUGUCAUGGCCAAGAUGGUCUACGCCUCUUCCAAGGAGGCUCUUAAGCGCUCGCUGACCGGCAUCGCAACCGAGCUCCAGGCCAACGACCCCGAUGACAUUGAGUACGACAGCAUUCUCAAGACUGUCAGCAAGGGCCUGGCUGGUUAA